UGGGGGGUAAAACCCUGUAGUUAUGCCGUUGAGUUUAUUCUUUAUUUGUUGAUCUGAGAGACCAGGUACACGAAUCGCUUUUUAACUUUGAUAACUAAGAAACAUUACUGGAUUCGUUUGUAUUUACAUUUUCAGUGUGAAUUGAAAUUUAGGCGCGAGAUUCAAGAUGCAGCUGUUUGUAAAGGCUAAUGAGACUCAUACCCUCAGUCUGAUGGGGAAUGAGACUAUUUAUGAUAUCAAGAACAUGCUUUUCAAUUUGGGUGGAUUUGAUAUCAAUGAGCAAGUUUUAACAUUCAAUGGCUCCCCACUUGCCAAUGAUUUCUCGAUUGGGUCAUUGCAAGACAUGAACACUCUUCACUUGGAUAUGAGAAUGCUUGGAGGCAAAGUCCAUGGUUCUUUGGCUCGAGCUGGCAAAGUGAAGGGACAAACUCCCAAAGUGGAGAAGCAAGAAAAGAAGAAACAGAAGACUGGUCGUGCUAAGCGACGCAUGCAAUACAACAGGAGAUUUGUCAAUGUGGUUGCUGGUUUCGGACGAAGGAAAGGACCAAAUGCCAAUUCUUAGUGUUCUGAAAAUGUAAUUACUAAACUUGUAAUAAAAUAAUUAAGACAUAAUAAA